GAAUUUAUUAACGGGUUAGUUGAUUGUGUUUCUUUUUUUCUUAAUUUGAUUCUGGUUUUAGUUGAUUUUUAAUUGUUUCCUGCCUUUAUUGUAUCACCACUUUGAUAGCAUCAUGAAUUUGAUGAGAUUAGAAGUGAAUGUUGCACCUGCUAAACUAUUUUUCUGGUUACCUGUUUGUUACUUUGAUUAUGGUUGAUUGAUGAUUUGGAUUGUUAAUUUUUUAUUUUGCUAUUGUGAUUACAUUUUAGAAAAGAAAUAAAUCAGUGUUGAUUGGCUUAUUGUUCUUUUCCCUGCGUCUUGGAAUAUCGGUCAUGUUGUUUGGAAUAUCGGUUUAGCUUUUUUUUUCUAUUCUCUUCUGGAUUUUGUUCCAUUUGAUCGUUUUCAAUGGAUCUCUUUUGUUUGAUGUUCUUUUUUGGUUUUUUUCCAUUCGAAUUUGGAUUUUGUUCUAUUACAUUGCCAAGUGUCCAACGGAAUCUUUGUAUUACUCAUGUCACCUGUGCUCAAUGUAUUCAAUCUCAUCCAAGUUGUGCUUGGUGUUCAUCAAAUGGUUUCUCUGAUAACGAUGAUAAAGUUAGAUGUAACUUUUAUGAAUCGCUAAUCCUUGAAGGAUGUGACCCUAAAUCGAUAUAUUUUCCCGUUAGUGAUGUUAAUAUUACACAAUCGGAAGAGUUUGCAGAUCAAAAUUUAUCAACCGAUUUAGCGGUUCAACUUAAACCAAAACGUAUCUCACUUAAAUUACGUCUCAAUGAUACUCAAAGUUUCAUCAGUGAAUUUAAACAAGCCGUUGAUUAUCCAGUUGAUCUCUAUUAUCUUAUGGAUUUAUCAGCCUCUAUGAAAGAAGCUAAAAAUAAACUGAGCUUGGCUGGUGGUGAUUUAAUGGAUGAGAUGAAAAAAAUGACUAAAAAUUUUCGAUAUGGUUUUGGUUCGUUCGUGGAUAAGGUUGAAAUGCCGUAUACAAGUUCGGCUGAAGAAAAACGACGGAAACCUUGUGAUUCGUGUGGGGCACCUUAUGGAUUCCGUAAUCAUAUGUCUCUAGCCGAUGAUCGUGAUAGAUUUGUUUCCAAAGUAAAUGAGGCCAAAAUAUCCGCUAACGAAGAUGCUCCUGAGGGUGGAUUAGAUGCUAUCAUGCAAGCGAUUGUUUGUGGAAAAGAAAUUAACUGGAGAAAUGAUUCGAGAAAAUUGAUAAUAUUCUCAUCCGAUUCAAGUUUUCAUUUUGCUGGAGAUGGAAAGCUCGGUGGAUUAAUGGUACCGAAUGAUGGUGAAUGUCAUAUGUCCCAAGGGGAAUAUACGGAAAGUGUUAAUCAAGAUUAUCCAUCGAUAAGUCAAAUUAAUCAAAAAGUUAUGGAUUAUUAUGUCAAUUUAAUUUUCGCUGUAACCGCUAAUCAAGUUCAUAUUUACGAGAAAUUAAGUACACUGGUUAAAGGUUCAUCAACGGGAAUGUUAAAGAAUGAUUCUUCUAAUAUUGUCGAUCUUGUUAAGGCUGAAUAUCAAAAGAUAACCUCAUCAGUUGAAUUGAUUGACGAUUAUAAAGGAGACGAUAUUAAAUUGGAAUAUUAUUCAAAAUGUCUUGGAACAAAAUUAGAGAAGACAAAUAAAUGUGAUGGUCUCCGAGUUGGUACUGAAGUAAAGUUUGAAGUUCGAGUAACGGUAAACAAAUGUCCUGAACUUCGUAAAAAUUGGAAUCAAACAAUCAAAAUUAGUCCCGUUGGUCUAAAGGAAACAUUGGAAUUAGAUGUGGAAAUAAUUUGUGACUGUGAAUGUGAACAAGAAUGGAACGAGGAAAAAGGAAGUGAAUAUUGCGGGGGACAUGGUACCUACGAAUGUGGAAUCUGUAAUUGUAACGAAAACUUUUAUGGAUCAAAAUGUGAAUGUGACCUUAAAAAUGGUGGAAUUGAGGAUGAAAUGUCAUGUAAAGCUUCAAAUGAUUCGAGAUCUUGUACUGGUCGAGGUGAAUGUGUUUGUGGAAAAUGUAAAUGUAACGAUCCAAGUAGUCCAGAUGAACGAAUUUAUGGAAAAUAUUGUGAAUGUGACAAUUUCUCUUGUAUUCGUAAAAAUGGUCGAGUUUGUAGUGGAAAUGGUGUUUGUGAUUGUGGUAAAUGUCGAUGUGAUCCUGGUUGGAUUGGUGAAGAUUGUUCUUGUUAUGAUUCAAUUGAUGGAUGUAAAGCAACGCCUGAGGAUAAAAUAUGUUCUGCUCAUGGAAGUUGUAUUUGUAACUCUUGUCAAUGUGAUUUCAGUGAAGACGGUCAACCUUAUACUGGACAAUUUUGUCAACUUUGUCCAACUUGUCGUACACAAUGUGAGAAGUUAAAAGAUUGUGUUCGAUGUAAAGUCCAUAAAACUGGUCCAUUUACCGAAGAGGAAUGUUCAUUUGGUACAAAUGUAACCAAAUGUCCCUGGUCAGUAAUCGUUGUCGAUGAUCUCGAAGUCGAUGCAGCUCAAGGUGAGAUACAUUGUACGUUCGUUGACGGAGAAGAUGAAUGCAAGUACUCAUUUAAAUAUUACAUUAACGAAGAACAAUUUGGCAAACAAAUAGAAUUGGCAGCUCAACGAUCUAAGAACUGUAAAAUUCCAGUCAACAUUUACGCCAUUUUAAUUGGAAUAACUAUUGGAAUUUUCCUCUCCGGUUUAUUGAUCCUUCUAAUUUGGAAACUAAUUGUCACAAUCAAUGAUAGUCGCGAGUACACCAGGUAUGAAAAAGAGCGGCAAGUGCUAACGAAAUGGGAUCCUGGUGAAAGUCCAAUCUACGGAAUCGCCACAAAAGCAUUUAAAAAUCCAACAUACAGAUGAUGAAAAAUUAGAACGAAGAGAAAAAAAAACAACUACAACAAUUAAAUUGAUGAAAUAAUUAAACCAGAAAAAAAACAAAACAAUUCCUUGGACUUGAUCAUCUUAAAUAUUUAUAUGUUUACCGUUCUUAUCAUCAAGCAAGUG